CUCGUCCAGGGAGCGGGGCGGCGCCAGGGCUGAAGGGCCGCAUGCGCAGGGAGGGAGCCGGCUACUUGCCGGCAGACAGUUGGAAGCCAAAAGCUCCGAGGUUCUGAUGGUGCCGCCUCCGAGUAGCGCCCAGGGCGCUGCUCAGCCUUCCGGGGCUGGGCAUGGGGCGCGGAGCGACGACGAAGAUGCCAAGCUGCCCAGCCAGUGCCGGGCGCAGGACUUGGAAGCGGCGGUCGCUGCCCGGCCGGGCGUCCGCCUGUGGUGCCGCUGUUCUCGCUGCCUCCGCGGAAAGGUCCCCUGGAGAGGCGGGACGCCCGUGGGAGUAAACAAAAAGAACUGUCCGGGACUUGGCCUGUUCUAUACGAUGCUGUCUGCUCUUUUCUUCUCAGUGGCUUCAUUAUUUCUAAAGAAGAUUGAAGAUAUGCAUUCAGUAGAAGCCAGUGCCUUUAGAUGUGUUUUCCAAAUGAUGUUUGUUCUUCCUGGUUUAAUAUACUACAAGACAGGAUUUCUGGGUCCAAAAGGCAAACGAGUCGUUCUUUUCUUCCGUGGAUUGCUUGGCUCUAGUGCAAUGAUUCUUCUCUACUAUGCUUUCCAAGUAAUGCCUCUUGCUGAUGCCACGGUCAUUACUUUCAGCAGUCCAGUUUUCACAUCGCUGUUGGCCUGGAUAUUUCUGAAGGAGAAAUACAGUCCUUGGGAUCUUCUUUUCACCCUGUUCACAAUCACUGGAGUGGUGCUGAUUGCAAGGCCACCUUUUUUGUUUGGAUCCAAAGUAGCAGGAAUUGAAGGAACCUACACAGAUCAUCUUAAAGGGACAAUAGCAGCUGUAACAAGUGCAAUAUUUGCGGCUUCAACUUUAGUUAUACUAAGAAAAGUGGGGAAAUCUGUGCACUAUUUUUUGUCCAUCUGGUAUUAUGCAGUAAUUGGAUUAAUAGUCUGCAUGAUAGCACUUUUUGUAAUGGAUGUAUGGAGUUUGCCUCAUUGUGGCAAAGAUAGAUUUCUCUUAAUAUUAAUUGGACUCUUUGGGGUGGGUGGUCAGAUAUUUCUUACAAAAGCAUUGCAAAUAGAAAAGGCAGGUCCUGUUGCUAUAAUGAAAACUAUGGAUGUUGUGUUUGCUUUUAUCUUUCAAAUUCUUUUCCUCAAUCAUUUGCCCACCUGGUGGACAGUAGGGGGAGCCCUUUGUGUAGUAGCUAGUAGCUGUGGGAUUGUUAUUCGGAAAUGGAGACAAAGUUCAAAAGAAGCUAAAAAAAAUGAAAUCUAACCAGGUGACACUGGCUACUAUUCCAUUGCUCAAAUAGAGCAAAGCUCUUCAAUUAUAUUAGAGUAUCUAUUUAUCUGUGCCUUGUUCAGCAACUACAACCACCUGUCCUGUAAGCAGGGAUCCUGGUAUUAUAGCUUGCUGGUUCUAUACAUGGGCUGUGAUCCAGAGAAGUUUGAAAUUUUUAUGCCCUAAAGGUUUUUUUCUUAAUCCACUAGGUAUCCUUGAGUCCUUGGAAAUAACUAAAAUAGCUCUUAAUCCCCUAGCCACAAUUUCCUGUUACUUAUGCCUUUUCAUACAUUACAUAGAAAAGGGGAAGAAAGAAGCUUAAGCAACUUGCAUAUAUUCUUUCCCUGCUAUUUUUAAUUUGAAGUGUGUCUUUUUGUCAUUCCUUCAGUGAGGUCUGCAAGCUGUAGCAUCUGCUGGGGCUCUUAGAUCUCAUCUUAGGAGAGAUCCAUUAGAAGUAGGAAAAGAAGUGCAAGUCACUCGUAUUUCAUCAGUUUCUAUUUCUUUAUAAUGUAUGGAACUAUCUUUGCAUGUGAAUAAUUUGCGCAUUGAUCCAAGAACUUACCUAUACCCAUAGUGUUUUUGUGCUUGCCAUAGCAGAUGGUGCUCCGGGUAGUUCCUGCCAGCAGUAGGGACCUUCUUUGGUGUGUAUAAACUGAAUCAGGCCCAACUAAUAUUUCCACUUUUACCAAGAAUAUAUAAUCUAAAUAUCCAAAAAGUCAGUCCAGUUAGCGCUGUUCUAAAGUAUACCACAGUACAGCUACGUAAACUUUUAAAAUACAAAGGAAGAUCUGUUUGGAAGCUGUCUGCACCUGAAACAUCUAAUUACCCCAUACCCUCCUGUAUACUUAGGAAUGUAUAUUGUUUGAUGCUAAAUUUAGUACUGAGAGCUACCAUAUUUAUCUAAAGGGAAGAUCUCUGAAUGGAAAAUGACAACCUUAAAAACGGUUAUACACAAAGCUUUUUGUUACCAUGUAUACCUAUAAUUUGAACAUGAAAUUAAGGUGAACCCCUAGUUUUCUUCAUGGCAUUCCUGGUGGGAAAAGUAAUCUUCCUUUCAGGUAAAGAGGGAUAUUAGGCACAGAAGUUGAUAGGAUACUUAUUUAUUUGAAGUAAUUUUACAGGAUUGCACAUAAUUUCAAAUUGAAAAGCUAUAAUAGCUAUCCCUAAGAUUGCUAUAUCUCUCUUGGGUACUUUUUGUAUCUAUACAGCAAGCAUUAUUCUGUAUUCUCUGUACCGCAGUGUUUUCCUGAAUUUUUCAGCCAGUCCAUUUAUCUAGGGACGGUAGGCUGUAGUUGUUAAAGGCUUGAUCCUGCAGCACUUCUCCUCAGACAUGAAGUACCCCCUCCCCACUGUCUUACCAUAUGUGUAGAAAAUUCUUACUCCAGAAGUAGCUACUACAGUUAUCCUCAAUAAGGUGCCCAUGGGUGCUAUGGCACCUGCCAGUGUAUUUCCUGGUGCCGUAAUAUUCUUCUCCAAAGAAAAGAACCAAACUUGGCUUUCCCCUACUUCACUGGAAGAACUCAGGAGGCAUCACCUUUGUGUCUUCAGGAAGCACCCAUUCAGAAACAGCUAUGUAUACCACUGGAGAAUGCUUGGUUUGGAACCUCCCACAUUUUGUGAUUUAUUUAGUUCAUUUAUUUGCUUACUUUAUCAUCCGCCUGCCUUGUUGAGAUUUUUUUUCAUUACUCAGUUUUAAUUCUUUCAA